CUUCUGUCUUUGGCUGAACAUAAUUCGAUCCCUUUUUCCUUUGAUUUCUCGAAAGCCAUGGAGUUCCUGAGCUCAAUCUUGGAUCUUGUCCCAUGCUUAUAUGAUCACACCUCCAAGCAUACGCUCUACAUUCGUGAUCUGAAAAAAAAUAUUGAAGCCUUGAGUAAGGAAAUGGAAAAACUGAACAACUUGUAUGAAGAUGUGAAGGCAGGGGUUGAACGUGCAGAGCAACAACAGAUGAAGCGCAGAAAGGAAGUGGGUGGUUGGAUACGUGAAGUAGAAGACAUGGAGAAAGAAGGCAACGAAAUUCUGCGAAGAGGCGAUCAAGAAAUCCAGAAAAGAUGUCUCGGAUGCUGUCCCAGGAAUUGUUGGUCCAGCUACAGGAUUGGGAAGGCAGUAAGUGAAAAGCUCGUUGCUGUAUCUGGUCAAAUCAGCAAAGGGCAUUUCGAUGUUGUAGCCGACAUGCUGCCUCGUCCUCCAGUAGAUGAACUGCCCAUGGAGGAGAUUGUGGGCUCAGAAUUGACGUAUGACAGGAUCUGUAGGUGUCUCAAAGAUCCACAAGUGGGAAUUGUGGGAUUAUAUGGAAUGGGGGGUGUGGGCAAAACCACCCUCUUGAAGAAAAUCAACAAUGACUUCCUCACUACAUCCACCGAUUUUGAUGUUGUGAUUUGGGUUGUGGUGUCAAAACCGUCCAACAUUGAAAAAAUUCAGGAAGUUAUUUGGAAUAAAUUACAAUUCCCACGUGAUAUAUGGGAAAUUAGAAGCACUAAGGAGGAGAAGGCUGUCGAAAUAUUGAGGGUUCUGAAAACAAAGAAGUUCGUGUUGUUGUUGGAUGACAUCUGGGAGCGACUUGAUCUUCUACAAAUGGGGGUUCCCCAUCUUGAUGCUCAAAAUAAGUCCAAGAUAGUUUUUACAACCCGAUCACAGGAUGUGUGCCACCAAAUGAAAGCUCACAAGAGUAUAGAAGUGGUGUGUUUGUCAUCAGAAGCUGCUUGGACUUUGUUUCAGAAGGAGGUAGGAGAAGAAACAUUAAAGUCUCAUCCACAUAUACUGAGGCUUGCAAAUAUUGUUGCUGAUGAGUGCAAAGGUUUACCUCUCGCUUUGAUUACUCUUGGGCGAGCCAUGGCAGGUGAGAAAGACCCCUCAAAUUGGGAAAAGGUACUACAAGAUUUGAGCAAAUUUCCAGCUGAAAUUUCAGGUAUGGAAGAUGAAUUGUUUCAUAGAUUAAAAGUCAGUUAUGAUAGAUUGCCUGACAAUGUCAUCAAGUCUUGUUUUACAUAUUUUUCCUUAUUCCCUGAGGAUUUGGAGAUUUCUAAUGAAAACCUUAUAGAAUAUUGGAUAGGAGAGGGAUUUUUGGGUGAAGUUCAUGACAUACAUGAAGCGCGUGAUCAAGGGUAUAAAAUUAUUAAAAAACUAAAGCAAGCAUGUUUGUUGGAGAGUUGCAGUUUAAAAGAAAAAAGGGUUAAGAUGCAUGAUGUGAUCCAUGACAUGGUUUUAUGGUUAGAAAGUGAAUGUGGGAAGAAAAAGAAUAAAUUUUCAUUAAACAGUGAUGAUUUUUGGCUGAAGGAAUCUCAAGAAAUUCCAGAUUUGAAAACAGCAAAUAAGAUGUCAUUAUGGGAUGAGAAUGUUGAGGAGUUACUAGAACCAUUGGUGUAUCCUAAUCUCGAGACUUUAAUUGUAGCUUGUAAUAAGUUGAAGAAAUUUCCAAGUGGAUUCUUUCAAUUUAUGCCUCUAAUAAGAGUUUUGGAUUUGUCAGAUAAUGAAAAUUUAAGUGAGUUACCUACUGGGAUCGAGCUGGGGCUUGUUCUAGCAGUUGUGGCAACAGCCGGACUGCUGGGAAGGUUGCAGCAUCCUUUUCGUUUCGAUCUGGCUGGAAUUGAAUUCUGUGGGUUGCCUUUGCUCUCUGCUUUCUUCGCCUAG